AUGAAAAAGGAAACCGAUGUGAACAAGGUAUGGGAUACUCUUAGUAGUCUUCCUCCCAUUCACACUACAUGCUGUCUUUAUGGAAAUGUUGAUAUUUAUGCUUAUAAUCCUUCUGUUGGAUCAUUUACAGAUGAUUAUGUUUUCUUUGAGAAAUUUUGCCUUGAUAAAUACAAGUUCGCACAUGAUGAUGUAGUAAUUUUCAGUUAUCCAACUAAUUACAAGGAGAUAUGUGUGAAAAUAAUAGUAGCAAUGGAAGGUGAUUAUAUCAGUAAUGUUGGUGGUGUUGUGAAGGUUCCGGAAGGACAUUGUUGGGUAGAAGGUGACAACUUAGCUUCUAGCUUUGAUUCAACAUCAUUUGGCCCCGAUAAAAUCGGGGUUUUUGUUAGCAUUGUAAGCACAAAAAUUCCAUUCAAAGGGACUGGAAAGGAAUAUAUUGGAGAUGACAUAAGCGAGAUUGCUAAUGCUGUCAAGACUUCUCUUAAACAAUGCUGCGUCCAGCUAAAGUCAAAAAUAUUGAAGAAAAUUCAGGCUUGUGAGCAACAAGAGAGAAAAAAAUUUGAGGAGGUAAUCGUUUAUGCCUGA